AUGUUGACACCAAGAGACACAUUCGUUGAAGCAUCAAGGCCUAUCUCUACAAGACGUGAAGAUCAAGAUCGAGAUACAGGUGCUGCUUACAUUGAACCAAACAGAUUUCCAAGAGUUGUUUUCCCUAUUUUAGUUUUGUUGAAUUCAAUUGCUACGGCAAUUCUUUGGUUGAUUAUGUUCAUUGGAAUGAAAGCAACAAACAAUAACUACAAGAAUCUUAGUUAUUGGGCACAAUUAUCAUCAAUGAGAUUCCCAAGUGUUGUUCAAACAUUGUCAUUAGCUUAUUUGGCUGCUAUCUUAAACGCACAAGGACCAACACCAUACAUUGAUAGUGCAACAAUCCAAGGAUUGAUGAUUGCAUCAUUGAAUGUCGCUGAAGAAGCGAAUUACAAAUUAACAGUCAAUGCAGAAGGAGAAAAUCCAAUUAACAAAUUCUCUGAUUACAUUGAUAAAUUACAUUAUGAUCCAACAUGUGAAGUAAAUAUCACAGAUUCAGAGACAUCAACACAUGAUGCAUAUCAUUGUUUAAGUGGUGAUAUGCUGUUCAUGAUCUUCAACAAACUUGUUCGCGAUGUUUAUCUUGAUUUAGGUACAGGAAUGCCAAUUUUAUCAUAUCCAAGUUUCAUCAAUUUGGAACAUAUCGCUAUCUAUCAUUUGUUGCCUAUUCUUGAGAAUGUAAAUGAUUACAUCAUUGAAGAAUCAACAACAUUAGAUAAUACAUAUGCUGAUAUCACAACAGUAUUGAUGGUUGUCAAUAUUGUUUUAGCAUUGGUUUUCUUCAUUUUGGAACAAUUGGAUCUUCGAAAUCUUCAAGAAUCAUUUGGAGUUUUCCGAAUUUUGAUGUCAAGAAUUCCUCCUUCACAAGUCAUUUCUAAUCCAUCAUUGUUGAAUUUGAUUAUCGGUAAAACGAAAUCAACAAGAAUUCAACAACUUUCAGCAGAAUCGGCUGUCAUUGAUUCAUCUCCUUCAGCAAUUUUCUCAUUGUCAUCAGAACUGACAAUCGAAGCAAUGAACUCAGCUGCAUCAUCAAUGUUCGGAUACACUCCAGAACAGUUGUUAGGUCAAGCACUUUGUUCAUUGAUUCCUAUGUCACAGAACAGCAACACAGCUACAACAACAACAACAUUGUCACAGACACAGACAACAAAUGAAUUGUCUCCUAAUGACAGAUUGUACAGACAAGCACAAUUGAUGAAACAAAAUCAAGCAGCAAUGACAUAUACAUCAAAAAUCCGCGGUUUGAAAGAUGAUGGCACAGAAAUUGUUCUUGAAUCAACAUUGUUGUGUAUGAAUCGCGGAAUGGCAUUUGCAUUGAUUGCUAAUGAUCAAACACAAAUCGAGAGACAAAUGAGACAAGUUGAAGAAGCGAAGAAGUCUGCAGAAAGACUUUUGAAUCAAAUCCUUCCUCCAAUGAUUGUUCAGAAGAUGAAUGCAGGUGAAACCGAAAUUUCAUUCACAGUAAAUUCAGCGACAAUCAUUUUCAUUGAUAUCCAGAAGUUCUCAGAUUACGCGGCCACAUUAACAGCGAGACAAAUCAUGCAGAACUUGGGACGAAUCUUUAAUUAUUAUGAUGAAUUAGUUCCUAAAUUCCCAACAUUGAUUAAGAUCAAAUUAAUUGGUGAUGUUUACAUGGCUGCUGCUGGUUUGUUUAAUCCAGAUGUUUCUCCAGAUGUUCAUGCAACGGAGAUGAUCAACUUCGCUAUUGGUUGUUUGCAUGGUUUAGAAGAAGCUAAUGAAAUUCUUGAAGCAUCUCUUUCAGUUCGAAUUGGUAUCAACACAGGUGGUCCAAUCAUUGCAGGUGUUUUAGGUAUUGAUAAACCAUUGUUUGAUAUCAUUGGUGAUCCUAUCAAUGUCGCAUCUCGUCUUCAAAGUACAGAUAUUCCAAACAUGAUCCAGAUCAGCCAGGCCACAUAUGAUCUCAUCAAAGAUAAAGGAUUCAAUGUUGCAGAACGUGGUAAAAUCUUCUUGAAAGGCAAAGGUGAACAAAUGGCAUAUAUCAUCACUCCGCCAGAGCGACAACGUGUUAUUUCUGCACAAACAAUUCCUUCACAAUUAUCAGUUGGAGCACUUCCUACUGCUGAAGAAAUCUAA